GUGGAGGUUGUAUACUUUAGUGUCGUUACCCUCCCCGCUUUAACCAGUUGUUGUCGUGUUGUGGCGACGGGUGGCCACAGCCAGAGGUUAUCAACACCAGUUUACCCCAAGCUGGCCUCUUACUUUGACGCUACUCUGGAUCUCAGCACAGGUAUUGCAAUGUCGAAGGCUGAUGUUCGUUUGAGCAAAACUCUUACGUGGUUGCUGCGACACGGAGCCGAGAAGGAAGGCUUGACUAUAUCGACAGAAGGCUGGGCUAACCUUGAGGAUGUACUGAAGAGACCGAAUUUCAAAAAGGUAGGGAUUGAUAAAGUGAAGGAGAUUGUUGCCAACUGCCCCAAACAGCGCUUUGCACUCAAAGAAGAGAAUGGUGAAAUCUAUAUCAGAGCCAAUCAGGGACAUUCAUUCCAGGUUGAUGAUCUUGACUUAGAGGAGAUUACAACUGACAGUGACUUGUCAACUGUAGUCCAUGGAACGUAUUACUCCCACUGGAACAGCAUCAAAGAACAAGGUCUGAGUCGCAUGAAACGCACACACAUACAUUUUGCUCCUGGUCUUCCUGGAGAAUCGGGUGUCAUCAGUGGUAUGCGCUCAUCCUGUCAGAUCUUGAUUUAUUUAGAUCUUGCCAAAGCUCUGAAAGCGGGCUUCAAGUUCUACAGGUCGGCUAAUAAUGUGAUAAUGUGCUCGGGCAAUGAAGGUGGAUAUCUUCCCCCAGAAUAUUUUCUCAAGGUUGUUGACAGGAAGACUGAGAGAAACUUGAUGUAAUUGCCGAAUGGUCCCAGGAUUGACAAGUUGCUGGAAUAGAUUUUUAUACAUUUUUCCUUGGAUCAGAUUGUAUUUAUUUGAAUAGUAAUAUCACCCACGUUUGUUCAAGAUUAAGUGGAUUGUGAUUCCUGAUUUUUUUUUUUUUUUUUUAAUUU